GUGUGACUUUAUUUUGAGCGCCUCUAUGUUUCGCAAAACCUUGAACUACGUAGCCAAUUGCGUCGGUAAUGUUCACGUUUUCGUGGUUCUCAGCGGUUCAUGCGUUAGUUGGAUAAAGACGGACAAUAGACAUUAGAUUAGGUUAUAUCGUAACCUAAAAUAUUGUCUAAAGAUGAGUGAAAUAUCAAAUUGGGAAGAUAUCGAAAAUGAUCAGUUCUUUAAACAGCUGUUGGACGUCGACUACUCUAAAAAGACUGACGUUGCUCCACUGUUGUCAGUAGCUCAACAAUUAAACAAAUUGGGACAAGCUAUAGAGGUGUUGAAUGCCGAGCUGCAAAGACAAGUACUUGUGAAUCACGAAGAUUUACUAUCCCAAGCGACAUGGGUGGAAAAAUUAGAAGGAGUGCUUUUUAUAAUGCAGUCUCACAUACAAAGCCUCUUAUCAGCAGUGGAACGAUUACGAGGAAAGAUUAUCGACCCAUUUAAUAGAAUCGAAAUGCAAACGAUCGUACUAGCACGGCUUCAUGAAACCUCCGAUCUAUUGAGAAGAGUCUCCAGAAUGCAACAUUUGUCAAAACGAUUAAAUUCUCAAAUGAGUAGCAUUACUCAAGGGCCAGAUAUUGUUAAAGCAGCAAAUAGUCUGCAUGAGCUUGAACAAUUAAUGGCAGACACGGAUCUUAAUGGUCUAGAUGUAAUCGCAGAUGACCAACAGGCUAUAAAGACUCAGAGAGCUACGGUUCAAAGAAUAGCUACUCACACAUUAACGCAAGGUUUACAGGCGAUGGACAGGACAAAGGUGAGCACAGCUGUGCAGGUCUUUCAAAACUUGGGAAUAAUAGGCAGCGCUGUGGACACAACCAUAGAAUCUACUCUAGUUGAUAUAGAAAGAAUUUCCACGGAAUCAUUAGACGUAUCUUUAGUAACAAAUCAAGAUUUUGGGAAACGUGGAGCACCAGGUAGAGCCGCGAUUCCGUCACCUGGAUCGUCUGGAAAUUUACGCACGAGAAUUUGGGAAAAUCUCGAGCGUCUUUUCCAAGAUACUUUGUAUACGCAAUGUCUACAGAUUGAAUUGCUGCAAAGAGUAUUGUUGGAGCAUCAUAUGAAAGGGUUUCAUGAUUUAUCCGAGAAGUUUUGGGAGAAAAUCAAUACUCUUCUUGCGAAAGUCUUGAUUGAACGUGCUCAAGGAUCAUCAUUUGUAAAGCAAGCCCUGGAAGGAGAGUAUCCAAAAUUUUUAAGAAUAUUUUUAGACUUGAGUAAACGCUUGAAGGACAGAUCUCAUAGUAUCGGGAUUUAUGGUAUCGACCGCAAUGUUUUAUUACCAUUCGAAAACGCAUAUUUAUCGCGUUCAGUGUCUCGACUUUUGGAUCCAGUUCACAAUAUGUUUUCUGGAGAAGGUUUGCCGACGCACGACGAGAUUGAUAGUCUUAUACGUAUGAUUACAAACGAGUUGAGCGUAUCGCUGGUGGACGAUGGACUCUCAACCGUGGUGUCGCGCAAUGUAGGGAAAGCCAUAAGAUUAUUCUGCUUAAAAUGCGAGCAAAGUAUAGUGACGGGUGGUGAGGCCAGUCAAGUGAUCGAUUCUCCGACUACCGGUCAACAAACAAAUGUUACGCUCGCAAAUCUUCUCCAUUAUCUUUCUAGCCAGACAAACCGCGUGAUAGCAAAUAUGGCAGGAGGUUUAUCCUCUGAGGGAAGUGUUGUCAUUACCACAACGCUCAAGGAAACGGAUGAAUUAACGAAGAAUUUGCUCGUACCAUUGUUAACUUCUAUCAGCGAUGCAAUCGAAAGUAUUAUUUUAACAAUGCACGAUGAUCCGGAAUUUAGAGAUACAAGUAGUUCUCUAGGAAAGGAAAUCGGCUGUUCCCUUUAUAUGCGUGAGUUACAAGGCUUUAUCUUACGAUCCGUGAAUACAUUCUUGCUACCGUAUAAAAAUCAAGUGGUUGUAGCUGAAAGUUGUAAAGCUGUCACGUCGAGAUGUAUAGAGUUAUUCGUACGUCAUGCUUGCCUGUUGAGACCCCUGACUGAUUUUGGGAAAGCAAAACUUUUAGUAGAUUUCACUCAGAUGGAAGUAGCUGUGGCGCCGCUAUGUCGCGGUGGCCAAAUGGGUUUGCUCGAACAACAGCAAUACAGAACCCUGCGAGCGCUCAAAACAUUGCUUCCCCUUAGUCCCGAGGAGAUGGUGAACAAAAUUCUGGAAGGACAGGGAGAAAGUAGUGUAUCGCCAUCUCUUAUUCUUCUGCAUUUGUUUUCUGGUGCACCACCCGAAUUAGCAUCACCACAUCAGAGCGCCGGAUGGUCUGUGGGCCGAUUAUCACAGUGGAUGGACAAUCAUCCGAACGAAAGAGACAGAUUAGCAUUAUGCAGUGGACCUUUGGAACGUUAUCAGUUAACGAUCCGUCAACAAAAUCUCCCAUCAUUCCAUCCUCUUUUUCCACAAAUGAUGAAAUUAGCUAACUUGAGAGAACCCUCGAGUCAAUAAAAUGUAUGCAUAUAAAUAUACCAUAAAAAAAUUGUA